AUGCUCUCAAAAGUCUCAAUUCUAACAGACGUAGAAGAUGACUAUGCAAUUAUCAAAACUCUAGGAAAAGGAAGCUACGCUACAGUAUAUUUAGUUGACGAUUUAGAUUCAUAUGACAACUAUGCUUUAAAAUCCAUAGAUAAAUCAUACAUUACUAAUCAAAGGGCUGUAUCGACCGUAGUAAGCGAAAUUGAGAUUUUAAGAAUGAUUGACCACCCAAAUGUCACGAAAUUAUAUAGAGUUUAUGAAAGUGAGGGUCAUGUACAUUUGAUUAUGGAUUAUGUCCCGGGGAUUAAUAUGCUGCAAAAAAUAAUGAAAGUUGAAAAAUUUUCUGAAAAAAAAGCUGUGAUAUUUCUUUAUGAUAUGCUGGAUAUUCUUUGUUACCUCCAUUCUAAAAAUAUCCAAUCAAGGAUUAAGCUUAGCAUGGGCAUUUUUUAAAAAUAAAAUCUGCAUUAAAAUAUUAUAAGAAUUACCUUAAUUAAGUAAGAAUUAAUUUAAUAUAGAAAGCACAGUAUUAAAAAUGCCAGUUAGGGAUAGGUUCUAGCACCUGUUCAAAACAGGAUGGACCUUUAAUCCGAGUUUAGUGAGAGAAGUCAAGCUUCUUGAGAGUCUCGGAUUGAAGAGAAGAGGUCGGUGCUGAGGCUGGCACUGACAAGAGAAGUCGGAAAGGGCUUAUUAACUUUAACAGUUAGGCCGGUCCACCUAUCGCUGUUCAGAGCUGUUAAUGUAGCUGGACCUCAAGUAAACAAAGACUUAAGGCACAAAGGGUGCUAGAAUAAUUCCUUAAACUUAAACUUAAAAAAUAUAGAAAGCUAUAUUGUACAUAGAGAUAUAAAAUUAGAAAAUAUUAUUGUCUGUUCAGAAAAUCCUUUAAAAUUCAAACUUCUCGACUUCGGACUGUCUGGGAUUAGCAGCAGCAACGACCAAACUAUAAGGUGUGGAUCCCCAGGCUAUAUCGCCCCUGAAAUUUUAAAAAAACAAAGAUAUGGGGUAAAAAUUGACAUGUUUGGGCUAGGAGUAUGUUUAUUUAUGAUUUUAUCAGGGAGAUCUCCUUUCCCUGGUAAAGAUCUCAAAGAAAUUUUGAAAGCAAAUAAAAAGGGGAUUAUUUAUUUUGCUCCAAUCCAUUGGAAAUUAAUUUCAAAAGAUGCAGCUGACCUCAUAUUGAAAUUGUGCCAACCUGAGCCUGAGCUAAGACUUUCAGCCAAAGAAGCAUUAAACCAUGCAUGGUUGAAAAAGGUAAAUAAAGAAGGAAAAGGAAGACUAUCAUUUUUGAAAAAUGUCACAGAAAUUCCGAAAAAUAAUCAUAUUUUUCCUGUCUCUUCUGUUGAAGAUAUCCGUGAUAUUUCUGUGGUUAUUAAUCACCCUGUUGAUGGGGUUGCUAAUAAGUUAAUUAGAAGAUCGUCAAUUGGAGGAGAGGCAACUGUUGCUCAUAGAAAAGUUAUUAGAUAG